AUUAUCAUUCAAGCCUUACAAGUGUUCUCUCUUUCAUUUCCUCUCUCUCUCUUUCUGCUUGCUUUAUCUAAUAUAUCCUUUUCUCAAAUAAACCAGAUGCAUAGGCAGGUUGCACUCUCAAGGCAGUCUCUUUUUGAUCAGGGAUUACUUGAUGAACAAUUCCUCCAGCUUGAGGAACUCCAAGAUGAUGCUAAUCCUAAUUUUGUGGAAGAAGUUGUGACAUUGUACUAUAGGGACUCAGCUAGACUAAUCCUUAACAUAGAACAAGCAUUGGAGAGGAAGCCUCUGGAUUUUAACAAGUUAGAUAGCCUUAUGCAUCAAUUCAAGGGAAGUAGCUCAAGCAUUGGAGCCAAAAAGGUGAAAGCUGAGUGCACUCUCUUUAGGGAAUAUUGCAGAGCAGGAAAUAGAGAAGGAUGUUUUAAGACAUUCCAACAACUCAAGAGAGAAUAUGCAGCACUGAAAAAGAAGCUUGAGGCCUAUUUUCAGCUAGCAAGGCAAGUUGGGCCUACUGUGACUGCAUGUCGCCCUAAUUAAGAAAUCAGUAGCACGAACAAGGAAUGGAUGGCUGGAAUAUAUUUGGAAAUGUUUUGGCCCACUAUCCACCCUGCCAUGGAAGGGUUUUUAUAUUGGGUCCAUAGAAGGCUGUAAUGUCGUUCUUACUUAUAUAUAAGCUAUGCAUUAUGUAUUGAAAAAUGAAGAAGGCAUGAAUGAGAAGUGAUGUGUAGGUUUUGUUCCUUAUUCUAUUGUUUUUAAAGGUUUUGCUGUGCUUUCUCUUAGCACAAAAAUUGACAGUUAACAUUAUUAGUA